GUUCACCCGGCGAAGGGGGCGGAGAUCUGGCUUGUUGAAACAAGCAAGCUAACAACAAGGAGCAGUUUUUUGCCUCCGUUGCAGUUCUAUAAAUUGGUCCACGGAAUCCUGCGAUGAGAUAAGGAAGUAGCAACAAGCUAGAGCGAAAAGGAACAUAUCUCGUGCGUGAAGGAUGGUUCUAUCAACUCAGAUUUGGAGGCUGGAUGGUGUUCCGCUUGCGGCUUCCGUAGAUGAUGAGCAGCAGACAGAGAUAUUGUCCGAACCAAAGUCGCAAGCCAAACUCAUAUGCCGUCGAUUGAAUCGAAACUCAGAACCGCAAGCUACUAUAGAGUCCGGGCAAUACAACCUUCACUAUGUCAUCCGAGACGAGGUUUGCUUCCUCUGCAUCGCAGACAGAUCAUACCCGCGUAAACUCGCAUUUAGCUACCUCGGUGACCUAGCCACCGAAUUCACAACCAACUAUUCAGCUUCACAAUACCUCUCCACCAAUUUACGCCCAUACGCCUUCGUUGAAUUCGACGGUUUCAUCAAGCGAACAAUGAAAACCUACCAAGAUAGCCGCGCCCCCCAGAACUUGGACAAGUUGAAUGAUGAGCUCCGAGAUGUAACAAAAUACAUGGUUAAGAAUGUCGAAGACCUCCUUUACCGGGGCGACAGCUUAGAGCGGAUGGGCGAGAUGUCCGGGAGAUUGAGGGAGGACAGUCUCAAAUACCGUAAGGCCGCGGUGCGGAUAAACUGGGAGUUGCUUGUGAAACAGUAUGGACCCUUUGCGGCAGUGGGUUUCAUUUUGUUUGUUUUAAUCUGCUGGCGGUUUUUUUAAAUAGCGCUUUGUUUUAAUAAUGAUAUCGUUUCUUUCUUCUCGACCUUUCUUUCAGCUUGAUCAGAUCUCCACACACCCCCACUAUCCUUUUUCGUGCCAUUCGUACUAGCUCUGACAUCCUUUUUGAAAUCGUCAAGCUUGGUACCAAAUGGAUCAUGAGGCUCGCGGUAACUAUGUUCAGCAUCCUAUCGCAGCAACCUUUACCCGCAGACGCUCAGGCAGAAGUUCCAAAGCGUUCCACCCUACACAUUGGCUCUGUAGCAAUUGUCUUCUACUCCCCCGCUUUAGCAAGACGACUAAUACUCCCCACCUCCACGAUGUAAAGCGACAAUUCAAAUCUCAUCCUCCUCUUCAUCGAAAUCAUCCUCCUCACCCAUAUCAUAGAGGAUCCUACCCCCUUCACCAGGCCCAUCUCCUUUCUGCGCAUCGAAAUAAGGCAACACAACUCCUUCCCUCUCCAGCCUUUGCCGCUCCGUCAAGCCCAACUCAAACGUCGACUCCGGCUCCCACCCCUCCUUCUCAACGCCCUGCUCCUCCUCUCGUCUAUACAGCGGAUGGUCGUCGAGCAAAAUCACUACUUCUUUAACCUGCUGCCGAUGAAUCUUCGCCGCAGGAGGGAGAUAGUACCACUCCACAAUACCCCUGCCGCUCUUGCGUCUAUGUUCCAUUUCAAUAACGAGGCCUUUGCUAUCAUCAUCGGUGCUCUUGCUAUGACUAGUGCGGCGGCCGAUGAUGACGCCAUCUGCUUCUUCCGCUAAACCGAAGAUAGGGGCCAUUAGGCUCCUAUCCCUCGCUACCUUUUCGGCAAGGAUAUGGCUCAUGCAGUGGACGGUGAGGAUUGUUGUGGCGAGGUAUGUUAGGAGAGAUAAUGGGGAUGGGGCGUACGGUACCUGCUUCUGUGGGCACGUGGGUAUAUCUUGAUGGUAUAUGGCAAUUAGAGAUGUAGAAUGUUGGCUCUGUGGGCUGGUUGGGGGUGGCCCUAGGAAUGAGCUUAGAUACGCUGCGAGGUUCAUUUCCUGGUCUUCGACGUGUUUGCGAGACAUCAUUAGAUUAACUGAAUCGAUAAUUACAAGGGAUCCUAUAUGGUGUGCUGUGAGUCAUGGCUUCCCCUGUCACAGUCAUUCGUUUGAACCAGGGGGAAAGCGAACGACAUACUUCUUGGAAUAGGACCUGACGGAUGUGGUGAAAGUGGCGACGAUAUAGCCGAGAUCACUUCUUUCGCAAUAGCUGCCAGGCUUUUCCGCCGGGUCGGGAUAAAUGUAUCAACGCCAUCUGGGCGGGUCAGUGUCUCGAAGGAGACAAAUAUAAUAUGGAUUUUUGAUAGCUGUUAAAACAGGACUGUCAGCUGGGACGCUCACUGAAACCUCCUUCCAGUGGAAACAAAAAUUUAUACAUAAUUAUCAAUGGGGGGAUAUGUUAUGGGGAAUUAGAUAUCCAACAUGAUAGCGAAUUCAGGAUGAAGUAUUAUAUAUAUGCUUGAUUGACGGCGGGGAACUUGAAACAAUUAUUAAAGGUUUACGGAGAAAUCAACCGUAACACACAGCAUUAAAUUAAAAUCAAAGCAAACCACAGCAAAGUAAAGCAGACUAAGAUUUUAAAUAUUACCUUUGCUCUUCUGAUAUAUUCCCUGAUCAAAGGGGUAGCUGGCUGCUCUAGAGAGUCUAGGAGGAGAGUUAAUGGCGAGGCGGAGUUGCGCACACCAAGUAGCUUGGAUAUUAAUAGCAAAUUAUGCGUACGGCGAUGGGAAACACUUGUAGGUGGC